AAACGCUAUAUUCAUCUGCUCCGGCUUGCAGUUACUGAAACUCCCUGCAGGAACUCCUGGCUACUUUACUCCACCGUCUGAGCUGCUGAACACAAUGCCAUUCAUGCCACGGGGCGAAAACAGGCGCAGAGCCUGCUCCGUUAACCAAACAAUGUGGAGAACAUGCAGUGUUUUUUGCGCAUGGAGUCUACUGUUUUUGACAGAGGUCUGUGCGCAGUCCCAGCGGAGACCAUCCUUCACAUGCGGAGGAAACAUCACAGGAGAUUCUGGAGUAAUCGGGAGCCAGGGGUACCCAGGAGUUUAUCCUCCUAAUACCAAAUGUGUGUGGAGAAUCACAGUCCCUGAGGGUAAGGUGGUGGUCCUCUCCUUCCGCUUUAUUGACUUGGAGAGUGACAACCUGUGCCGCUACGACUAUGUGGAUGUUUACAGUGGCCAUGUCAGUGGGCAGAGGCUCGGUCGCUUCUGUGGGACAUUCAAACCAGGAGCCCUGGUUUCCACAGGCAACAAGAUGCUCCUGCAGAUGGUGUCUGAUGCCAACACAGCUGGGAGUGGCUUCCUGGCUGUUUUCUCUGCUGCUCACCCACAUGAGAGAGGGGACCAGUACUGUGGAGGCAGAUUGGAUAAGCCUUCAGGGACUUUCAAAACACCCAACUGGCCUGAGAAGGACUACCCAGCUGGUGUCACGUGCUCCUGGCACAUAGUGGCACCAAAGAACCAGAUUAUUGAAGUCAAGUUUGAGAAGUUUGAUGUGGAGAGAGACAACUACUGCCGCUACGACCACGUCUCCAUCUUCAACGGGGCGGAAAUCAACGACGCCAAGAGGAUUGGCAAAUACUGCGGAGACAGCCCCCCAGCGCCGGUGUUCUCAGACGGGAACCAGCUCCUCAUCCAGUUCCUGUCAGAUCUCAGUCUGACCGCAGACGGCUUCAUUGGACACUACAAGUUCAGACCAAAGAAAUUCCCCACCACCACGAUACCACCCACCACUACCACGCAGCCAGUCACCACCAGGCCCAUACCUCUGAAGUACUCCGUAGCUCUGUGCCAGCAGAAAUGCAAAAGACGAGGAACACUUGAGAGCAAUUACUGCUCCAGCAAUUUUGUGAUAACCGGGACUGUAAUUACUGCGGUGAUGAAGGGAGGAAGUAUGUAUGCCACUGUCUCUAUCAUCAAUGUGUACAAAGAAGGAAGUCUGGCCAUCCAGCAGGCAGGAAAGACCAUGAGCACCAAGAUCAUUAUCCUGUGCAAGAAGUGUCCAUUCAUCAGGAGAGGCUUGAACUACGUCUUCAUGGGCCAGGUGGACGAGGAGGGCCGGGGCAAAAUUGCCCCUCACCACUUUGUCAUGGCCUUUAAGACGAAGAACCAGAAAGGACUCAACGUUCUGAAAACCAAGCGGUGCUGAGUUCCAGUAGCUAUGAAGAUCUCCAUUGGGCAGGCUCAGCUGUGGAUGGAAACAAUUAAGCAAAAAAAAAAAAAAAAACAUCUCCUUCUCAACAACACAAACACAAGCCACAACAACAGAACUGAAUCUGGAUGCAGAGACGCCAGCGCAAAUCUACAUGAUUCAUUCAGUAAGGGGCAACUUAGAUUUUUUAUUAAUUUUGCUGCGGAUCGCGGCGUUUUUAAGAAUAAACAAGAAGACAUUAAGUACUUCCGCUCCGUCUGUAAUUAAAGGAACAGUGUGUGAGAUUUAGGGGGAUUUACUGGCAUCUAGCGGUGAGAAUUACAGAUUGUAACCAGCUGAAAGUUCUCCCGGUUAGAAUUCCUUCAGCAUUUAUUGUUCAGGAGAUUUUUACCAUGAGCUGAAUUAUCUUAUUAGGUCUCUUCCUCUGCAAAACAAAGGGACCAGGUGAUUAAAACCAGUAAAAACUCUGAAUAAAGCAGUUUCACGUUACAAAUCAGUGUUUUAUCAAUGCUGUUUGGCAUGUCAGGGACGGGAUUCUCACUCGGCACCUAUGAAUGUGUGCUCACCUUAUUUCUGAUCCAGGAAUUCAGGAAGUUUUUACCAUGAGCCGAGUUAUCCUCCUCUGCAAAAGAAACGGACCUGGUAUUUUAAAUGAAUAAAGCAGUUUCAUGUUACAAAUCAGUGUUUCUCUGAUGCCAUGUGGUGUGUCAAAGAUGGGCCAGUAGCCCAGCCCCUGCUAAUGUGCGCUCACCUUUUUUGUCUGAUAAUUUAUAAUCCAGACGUUCAGGAGAUUUUUAGUGGGAGCCGAAUUAUCCGCAAAGGGCACUUCCUCUCCAAAACAAACUGACCCAGUGAUUAAAACUGGUAAAAACACAGAAUAAAGCAGUUUCACAUUAAAAAAUCAGUGGUUUUCCGCCACUGCUCGUUGCUGCUAGGCUGCUAACUACAGUGGCCAAUGCUAAAACCUGAGUGGUCCUCUCUAGAGCCAAUUUUUGGUUUGUCCAUUUUAGGCUACUAUAGCAUGGCUGACUCCCUAUGUACUGUAGAUAUAAACGGCUCAUUCUAAGAUAUUAAAAACACAACAUUUCACAUUUCCAGAUGAUUAUAGACUAAAGAAAACAUACCUUUAUAUUAUAUUUCAUUUCUGCCAAUAUCCUCCUAAAUCCUGCACACUGGACCUUUAAUAAAAAUAGUAAGUUAAUCUGUUUUGCAACCUCAGAUUAAUCAGCAACACAAUUAGCUGAAGUUUCCAUCCAUACUCAACCCAUUCUAACUCUGCCUAGUCACGUUCCUGUCAUGCCCCUGGCAGGGAUUUAAAUCGUAGCCAGCAACAGGAGCCCAGAAUAGGGAGAACAGCAAUUCACAGAGACAUGUCUCAUAAAACAAACAUUAAUCAGACUGUUUAAAAUUUUCAGUGUGCACAUCUGUUCUGACAUCCUAUGAUGGCACUAUUCAUUUCAGAUCUUUCCACAUUCUACUUUUCAGUUGUUUCUCUGUGAGGCCAUGGAGCGCAAAGUAAAUAAACAAUGGGAUUUAUUUUUUAAUAUGCAUUAAGCAAUGUAUUAGUAUCCAUAGGGGACUGGUCACAGCUGAUUGUUAUAGUUUUACUGAUGGCAUUAACAACCUGCAGUUAUUUUUCUGUGUUCAAUUUUAAUGGCUAGGAUUUGGAAGUUUUUAAGUGGUGAUAAAAAGUGCAAUAUUUAAUAUAUAUAUGAUUCUUUUUGGAAGAUUUUUAUGCUGGGAGGAGGACCUUCCUAGCUAAAGCUCUUUUUUUUUUAUUUUAGUUUGUUUACAGAUGCAAAGCACGCUUUCAGCAUACAUCAUUUACUUGUUUUUAAAGGCAGUAUUAUGAAAUGAAAAAUAUUUUCAUAUGAAAAAA